CUUGAUCCGUAUAGCGGUAUAGCCUAUAGGUCGUCCGCUAUUUCACUCUUCUCCCCCGCCGCCGGCGACACUCUUUAAUCUUCACGCUUUCUACGACCGAUCUCUCUCCUGAAUCUUGAACUUUCUUUUUGGUGACCCUGAAAUUCUGUACUUGUGUUUCUGGAUUCCCCUUCAUUUUCCUUGUUCUGUUUUCUUGAACUGAACAUGGAGGACAGUGAGGGGAAAAGAAUGGCCGCCGUCUACGACGCCGUGUGGGAUCGGGUGAUACCUUACAUUCACGACUCGAGAGACCGCGGGUCGGUGUCCCUUGUGUGCAAGAGGUGGUACGACAUCGACGCCAUCACGCGCAAGCACGUGACGAUGGCGUUCUGCUACACCGCCACGCCGUGUCGUCUAUCUCGCCGUUUCCCCCACCUGGAGUCGCUCAAGCUCAAGGGAAAGCCACGCGCCGCCAUGUUCAACCUCAUACCGGAAGACUGGGGCGGUCACGCUACCCCAUGGGUAGAAGAAAUCGCCAAAUCCUUCAAACAAUUGAAGGCUCUCCACUUGCGCAGGAUGAUUGUCACCGAUUCCGAUCUAGAUAAUCUGGCUCGCUCGCGUGGUUUGCUUCUUCAGUCUCUCAAGCUCGACAAAUGCUCUGGGUUCUCCACCGAUGGUCUCUUGAAGAUUUGCCAAUCCUGCAGGAACUUAAGCACAUUUGUUCUAGAAGAAAGCACAAUAGCUGAGAAAGAUGGGGAAUGGCUUCAUGAGCUUGCGGUGAACAACAAAGUUCUUGAGAAUCUCAACUUUUACAUGACAGAGCUUUUGAGUGUCAAACCUGAAGACAUUGAAUUGAUAGCCAGGAAUUCUCCACACCUUGUGUCAAUGAAAAUCUGUGAAUCUGACAUGUCUUCCCUUUUUGGCUUCUUUCGAGCAGCAACUGCAUUAGAAGAAUUUGCAGGCGGUUCUUUCAGUGUACCGGACCCCAUUGGUGAAAACAGGCAGUAUGCUGAUAUCACUUUUCCUCCCAGGCUGUGUUCUCUCGGGCUGACAUAUUUGGGAAUAAAUGAAAUGCCGAUUCUCUUCCCUAUCUGUUCCCGUCUUAGAAAGUUGGAUCUUCUAUAUGCACUACUUGACACUCAAGGUCACUGCACCUUACUGGAAAAGUGUGUGAAUUUGGAAAUUUUAGAGGCAAGAAAUGUAAUAGGAGACCGAGGAUUAGAAGUUCUUUCCCGCUUUUGCAAGAAGUUGAAGAGGCUGAGGAUUGAGAGAGGAGCUGACGAACAAGGAAUGGAGGAUGAAGAGGGUUCUGUCACGCAGAGAGGACUCAUUGCCUUAUCGCAGGGAUGUCAUGAACUCCAAUACUUCGCGGUUUAUGUAUCAGACAUCACAAACCAAGCCCUUGAUUACAUUGGCAACCAUAUGAAACAUCUCUCCGAUUUCCGUUUGGUUCUUCUUGAUCGUGAAGAAAGGAUAACAGACCUCCCGC